AUUCAUCAAAAUCAAACUAGUGAUCGCGCGUAUCUACACAAUGGCGGACGCGGAGGCCACGCUCAGAGCACUGCUCGAGGAAAUCGCUGCGAAACAACAAUACAACAACUACGAUGUCCAACUCAAAGCUUUUGACACCGCCGGAGCUAAUUACACAUCAGUUUUAUUCAAAAUCACGUUGACAUCCCCUGGAAAAGAUGACUUGAAACUCUUUGCUAAAGUCGCUUGUGUUGGCGAAAAGUUCAGAUCAACAGGCUAUGUUGACAAGUUGUAUGUGGCAGAACAGGAUUUUUACAACGACAUUAUGAGCAUUUGGACUGGACUGCAAGAGAAACAUAAUGUGCCAGAGGGGGACAGGUAUGGGUUUCCGAAAUUCUACGGUGGCAAUCCGACAUUGGGAUGUGAAACGGUUGUUCUUGAAGACUUGAUAGCUCAAGGAUAUUCUACAUAUAACAGAUUCAAGCCAGUGGACUGGGAAUAUGCUGCUAAAUCAAUGGAGGUGCUUGCGCAAUUUCAUGCCUUCUCUUUUGCACAUAGAAAAGAAUAUCCAGAAGACUAUGAUAAAAUUAUAGAUAAACUAAAGUUCGAGCUUCCCGCUGAUGACGAGGCUUUGGAAGGAAUGUGGAUGAGGAUGGUGGACGAACGAGUCCAGUUGCUAAAGGAGGAGCACAGGGAGAGGGCCCUGAAGUCGUUGUCUGGUGACAAUGCUAAGGAAAACUAUUUGAAAUACAACAAACCUAGGAGACAUCCGAUUCUGGUGCACGGUGAUUACAGGCCCAGCAAUUUGAUGCAUAAGAAGGAAGAAGGUCAGUUGACAAUUGUGCCGGUAGACUACCAGACCAUCCACAUCGGCUGCCCGGUUAUUGACCUCAUCUACUUCGUCUUCUUGUCCACGGACGAAGAGUUCAGGGCCCAGUACUGGGACCAGCUAUUGGUGCAUUAUUAUGAGCAGUUGGCGCUGGCGCUGAGGAGCUUCGAUAUGGACCCAAAAGACGUUUAUCCUAAGGAGGAAUUUGAUGAGGACAUGAAAGAGAUGCUGCCCUACGCUUUGCUGGUCGGCGUGAUGAUUUUGCCCGUGAUCACGGUGGAGGCGGAGAACGCGCCGCAGAUGGGGGAGGCAGCGGAGCUGGACGACUUCCACAUUAAACCCAAUGAAAUGUAUGCCUCUAGGUUCAGGGGGCUGGUCAACGACUUGAUCAGAUGGGACGUCAUUUAGGAUUUUAGACCACAAUGUUACAUUGGGCUGGAGAAGGUACUUCAGAUGAUGUUGGCAGAGUUGAAAGCCUUCCUCAUGUAGAAUAACGAAAUGUAUGCGCCAAGGGGCUGCGGCCAAUGAUUUGGUCAGAUGGGACGUCAUUUAGGAUUUUAGACCUUAAUGAUGCAGUGGAGAUGAAGAACACCUGUUAGAUGAUGGUGGCCAAGUUGGAUGCCUUCUUUAUUAAGUCUAAUGUAAGCACCAAAGGUUCCGUUAACAAUUUGAUCAGAUGCGACGAUAUCUAGGAUUUUAGGCUCAGUUUCAAAUUAAAUUCAUGCAGAUGUUCUUGACGUCAACCAGGCGUUGACAAUUUGUGACAAAUUUGUCAACGCUGUUCGUCACAAAAUAUGAAAAACUUGAUACUCUAUCUGUGUAAACUUUUUCAUAAGUAAUAGCCCUUGAUUUAGCUCCCAAAGUGUCAUAUGUAGGGAGAGGGUUCUCCGCUCUCUGCCCCACAACGAUUGCCGUGACGACCUCGGUGGCGCAGUGGUAAAGUUCUAGCUACUGAACCGAGAGGUCCAGGGUUCGAUCCCCGGUCGGGUCAUGAUGGAAAAUGAUCUUUUUCUGAUUGAUCCGGGUCUUGGAUGUUUAUCUAUAUAUGUAUUUGUUAUAAAAUAUAGUAUCGUUGAGUUGGUAUCCCAUAACACAAGUCUCGAACUUACUUUGGCGCUAGUUCAAUCUGUGUGAUUUGACUGUAUGUGUAUUAGACUGUAGGAACCAAGUUAACUGGCUGUGCUUUGGACACAUUAUGAAGGUGCUGUAAACGCCCCUUUUAUGGGAGAGAUGGCCGAGUGACAAUUAGAUAAGAUGGGACAUUAUUUAGAAUACAAUACGUUUAACAUAAUUUCAGUCUUGUGGUUUGUGGGGCCUAGAAUAAGACUAUUUACGAUCACGUCUACUAAUAAUGUAGUGAGGCAAUUUCAUAUUAUCAUUAAAAGUCGAGUGUUGAUAAAUAAAUGGUGAACCCUUGUUUGGUUUAGAUCAUACCUACAUAGUAUUUUAUAAUAUUGUACGAUAUGAAUUGUAUAUUUAAGUAUUUAUACUAAUAAUUUGGUAAUUAAGGUUUCGAUUAGUGUUGUUAUUUGAUUUUUUAUAUUUAAAUAUAUAUAUAUAUAUAUAUAUAUAACAGACAUACGCGACAACAGCACAAUAUCCAGACACAGUAACAGCAAAAACCAAAGCGAAUCCGCCAAAGUUUGGCGAACUGUUCGACGACAGUGUGGAGCAGUGAGACCAUCUCAGUACACAUAUCACAAAUAAACUACACACACAUACACAUAUCACAAAGAUGUCCAUGUGACAUCUAAUUUAGGAUAUAAGUUUCUUGUUUUAGGUACUUGCUUAUCUAUUGUGUGUACCUGAAUAGAAAGGCAAACACGAAGUUAUAUAAUAUAACUUCGUGUUUGCACAAUAUUAGAAUAGGAAAAACACUACGAUGGCGAUUUAGGAUCAUUUUUUUAAUUUAAAUUAAAUAGGUAUUUAUAAUUAUAAAUAUGAAAAAUAAUAAUAAUUUAGUCGUUAUAUAAUUGUAUAAUUUUUCAAAAACCUCUUUGAAAUUUGACAAAACUUUGUUAUAGACAUUAUAAUUAACGCAUUUAUUGUUUUAUAUUUAUACACCUACUCACUGUCAUCGACCUCAGACAGAUGCCGAGAUGCAGAUUGCCUAUUUUGUAUGAGAGCUUUUAUUUAUCGCUAAGAAAAUCCAGCAAUGUAUACCGAACUGCCAAAGUUCGGCAAACUGUAUCGCUAUAAUGUCUAGCCGGGAUAAGUGUAUUAAGAUAUCUACCUUAAUGUAAUUUUCUACUUCGAUGUAAUUUUUCCCACAAUUUUCCGAUGAAAGACUUCUGCACCUGGAAAUAAAAAAACAAUUAAAAUGGAUAA